UUUAUAUAUAUUUAUGAAAUGUUGAGUAUUUUUAGCUCUAAACCAGGUUGAACUAUUGCAUCCUUUAGGGAUAUCAAUGGAGAACAACCCUAGUUCAUCAAAAAGUGAUAGAAAAAUGAUUGAGAGGAACAGAAGAAAUCAAAUGAAGGCUCUUUUCUCCAAGCUCAACUCAGUUGUGCCUCAUCAAAGCUCAAGGAAUCUUUUGCAGGAGGCAAUUUCACGACCGGAUCUGAUAGAUGAAGGCACAAACUACAUCAAGAGCUUACAGAUUAAGUUGGAGAAAAUGAAGGAGAAAAGGAGCAACCUAUUGGAAAGUAAGAUGUCAGAAAAUGCUAGCAUGAGUAUGGGGUUGAAGUCUCCACAAUUUAAGAUCCAACAAAUGGGUUCAGUCUUAGAGGUUGUUCUAGUAACUGGGUUGGAUUUUCAAUUCAUGUUCAAUGAGACCAUUCGUGUUCUUCAAGAAGAAGGAUCAGAUGUUGUUAAUGCCAGUUAUACGGUUAUUGAAAAUGAAGUUUUUCAUACAAUACACUGUCAGGUUGGGGAAUCUGCAAAUGCAACUUUGAGGAUAUCUGAGAAACUAAAGAAGUUUCUGUAUCAUUAAUUCCAGUUCCUUUUAUGGUGAAUUAUGUCAACGUUGGGGGAAAAUUUAACCCGAUCAUAUAACUCCAAGAGAGUGGCACUGUUUUAUCUAGUAAGCAAAUUCAUAUUCACUGUCUUGUUGGCUUUGCAGAUUGUGCACAUGCGUGGAAGUUGCAAAAUCUGAUGAAAUGGUUGUUUAGUUUGUUAUAUGAUUAGGAUUAAACAUGUUUCCGAUUCC